AUGGCUCGUACAGAAACAUCAAAUUUUAGCCAUCCAACAUCAAUAAUUAGUCUAUCUUCUACAGUUACUUCACGUUCAACUAUUAAUCAAUCAAAUGUACCAAAAGAUCAAAAUCAACGUAGUGAUAUUGUUAAAACAGAAUUUACAGCACGUGAAGGAACAUAUAAAAUUUCUUCACUUAUUGAUAAUCUAGGGAAAAUUGGUACUAAUACAUGUUUAAAUGAACCGGUUAAAAUAACUUUAAUGACUCGAAUACAAACACGUAUUGAUUCUAAUAGUGAAACAAGUUCAACACAUUCAUCAUCAACAACUACGAAUAAUAACGUUAAUUCUACAACAUUUCAUUUGGAUAAUCAAUCAAAUGAACAUGGAACUGAUGGAAAACGUUUAUCAAUAUCCAAUGAAAGUGAAAUAAAUCAACAAAAUGUAAAUAUUCUUACUACAGAAUUAUUAGCGUGUAAUGUCGGAAGAGAAAUGGUUAUUUAUGAAUUUGCCGAAGCAACACAGUCUAAUUUUGGUGAUCCAAUUGAUCAUCGUAUUUAUAAACAAAAUCAUCAACCAACAUGUCAUGAUAUAACACAACAUCCUGAUACGAAUGGUUUACAUAUAGUUGUUGGUUUUUCUAAAGGACAAAUACAAUAUAUAAAUAUGCAAACAAAAGAACAAAAAGUAUUUAAUGAAGCUAGUUAUUUGGAUAAAACAAAAGUAACAUGUAUUAAAUGGUUAUCAUCACCAAAAACAUAUUUUGCUGCAUCAUAUUCAAGUGGAUAUUUAUAUAUAUUCGAUGAACAACUUAAUCAUCAACGUGAUACAAAUAUUCAAUCAGUUUAUUCAACAAUAAAAGAUGAUGAAAAAAAUUAUUCAAUAUCUUAUUUAAAAAAUAAAACAAAACAAGCACGAAAUCCGGUGGCACGAUGGUCAAUUGGUAGUGGAAGUAUCAAUGAAUUUGCUUUCUCACCUGAUCAUAGUCUACUAGCUAUAGUAUCACAAGAUGGAUUUUUAAGAAUAUUUAAUUAUGAAAAAAUGGAAUUAAUUACUCAUAUGAAAAGUUAUUUUGGCGGUCUUCUUUGUCUAUGUUGGUCACCCGAUGGUAAAUAUAUAGCAACCGGUGGUGAAGAUGAUUUUAUCACAUUAUUUUCUCUUGAAUCUGAAGAAUGUUCUCCCCGUGUUUUAUGUCGAGGUCAUGGGCAUACAUCCUGGAUAAGUGCAAUAUCAUUUGAUUCACAUAUGAAUGCCAAAACAUACUAUUCAUCAUUUCUUCAAAGACAAUCAUCAUUAUCAUUUAAUGAUGAUGAUCAUAAUAGUAAUAAUGAUUAUCAUUAUGAAAAAAAGAAAUCAAUUCCAUGUUCACGAAGUAAUUCUUCAUGUGUUGAUACAACUAUUCCAUCUGAGUUUUAUCGUAUUGGUUCCGUUGGACAAGAUAAUCGUUUAUGUCUUUGGGAUAUAACAGACGAUAUACUUCGAAUAAAUAAAAAUUCUUUAAAAAAUAAUAAUAAUAGUAUGAAACAAAAUUUAUCGAAUCAUCCAUUAAUAUCAAAUGGUCAUUCAUCUUUUCUAUCCGAUACAACUACAAUACCAUCAAAUAAUACAUCAACAAUAACUACAAAAUCUUCAUUUUCAUCAUUAACAGCACGUUUACCAUUUUCACGUAAUUCAACAAAAGCUCAGAAACCUAUUGAUGAAGGAUCUGAUAGUUCAUCAGCAAUAGUUUCAAAUGGUUCAUCAAGAAAAUCACGAAAAAUACCAUUACUUUCACAUAAAAUAAAUGGAUCAAAAUCUACUACUACUACCUCUUCAUCUACAACAACAACUACAACAACAAUAUCAAAUGAUUCUGGUCAAGUAUCAUUACCAACAGUAACAAAUAAUAGUUUAUCUUCACGACGUACAAAUAUCGAUUUAACUAAAAGUACAUUUGGUACAAAUCAAUGUCCGCGAUUAGAUGAUAUACAAAUAAUUGAACCAAUUGUAACCGAAUUUAUUUCACAUGAACGUUUAAAUGGAAUUUAUUUUGGUGAAAAUUGUUUAUUUACAUCAUCACAAGAUGGAAUUAUUACAAUUUGGGAAAAACCACAAGAAAUUCUACAGAUUAAUUCUACUGAUGAUCCAACACCUUUGAAAAAAAGUAAUUCUCAACAUUCGACAAUUACUCAACGACUGUAA